UGCAUGCUUUGGGCGAUAUUUCGCCACUUCGCACAUAAUGUAUUUUAUGCUUACUGCGCGUGUGAUUUCAUAUAGAAACAUAGCUUGUAGAAGGGCCCCGUUAGACGAAGCGGCCGCGAGCAAAUAACACCGCCAGCUCACAAGGAUUUCUGCAACGUGUCAAUUACCCACUUAUCUUUGUAGCUGUUAUGUCAGGCUAGGAAAGCAAUGCCAAAGUUCGCGGGACCCUAGCGUCCGCGGUUGGUCCGCAAUCACCCAGACGUUUCCGUCUGGCUGCGGUCGAGCUUGCCCCCUUGACCUGUUGGAUGAUGGAGCGAGAUAUGCAGACAGCACAAUCGCGGCUCAACAUAACGGCGCCUGUGGAAGUAUGCAUCGUUGGGGCUGGCCACGCCGGCCGCGCGGCCUCCACUGCGAUGCGGGCCUACCCCUGGCUCAAAGUCACUGUGCUUGAGCAACAUGCUGCCGGCAAGUAAACGCAGCUAUUUAUGCUGCCCGCAAGUCCGACGAACGGUCGUCUGACGAUUUGUUGGUUGGCUGCAACGCGAACUUCCCACGUUAGCAGUACAACUCUAACGCCGUUCGUAAUUUGUAAUAUAUGGCGUGGUUGGGCCACUUGUGUAUCGCGUUGAUAUACUACACUGGGGGCUGACGAGCCGCCGAGCCGCCGAGCCCGAAAGACAUAACGUUCUCUCUUCUCUCUGCAGAACACGACGGCGAGGCUGCGAACUCACUUAAGACGCCCAGUCACUUGCAGAUUCAGGAGAACAAUGCUGGAUCGGGCGACCACCUGCCGCAACCAGACAUGGAUGGCCAGACAUCAAUACUGCACCGCUGCCGAGUCCGUCACCUUGUCCGCUUGGCCCGCGGCCCGUCGACAUCAGCAUCGGGCGACCAUCACCACGUCGAAACGGGCGGCCCCGCAGCAACGGCGCAGAGCAACGAUUUCGCGCCAUCAGAAUACCUGCAUAGCAGCCGGUGGCUUGUCAUAUGCGAUGACCUUUCGGCGGCAGGCGACAGGGCGACGCGUCGGGAGCUGUACGCUGACUACAUCGUGGUGGCGACGGGCUUCUCCUCAGACGCGCUUGACAUGGCAGCAGAGGCGUUGGCUUUUCUGCCGGCCGACAUGCCCUGCAAGCUGCUCCAUGCCAAGAGCGCCACAGCAACUGACCUCCUUCACAGCGGCGACUUUGUAACUGUUGUGGGCGACGGUCCGGACGCUGUGGAUGCCGCCAGCUCUGCAGCACUGCUGUUGGGAGGUGCAGCGGUGCGCCUGGUCGUGCCUCAGCACCGGGUGGCGCCACUUGUGAUGGAUGGAACCCAGCUGCUGUCCUCCGCCCGUCGUCGCGCGCUGGCCGCCUCGCUGCGGCCGCACUACACCGCGCCGCAGCCCGGGCCGCUGGGCAAGGCGCUGCGGGCGCCCGCCAAGCGCCGCUUCUGGGCGCUCGUAAGCGACCAGCUGAAGCGCGGAGCAUCCCAGCGCGCUACUCCGGACCGCGGACAUGAUCUGACGGCCGCAGCCACAGCCACAGCCGCCGCCUCCACCUUGCCGCCUCCACCCACCCAGGCAGCCCCAGCCAGCGGCGCUUUCUGGCGGCUCCGCCGCAACAACACCUUGUCACCGUCAGCGGCCGUGGCGGCGCCGCCAGCCGCAUCCGGCAAACCGCUGGUCCUGUGGGCCCCCAGCCUGCGUGACCCACGGUUCAUGCCGUACUUGGAUCGCAGCCUGAGGGAGGCGCUCAUGGGGGAGCUGGGGGACAGCAGCAAGGGCGAGGGCGAGGGCGAGGGCGAGCUCGGGGUGUACCGUGGCGUGGUGCACCCGGACGUGCCUGAGCUGGCAUUCAUUGGCUUCCGGCAGGGCACAAGUGGUGAGUCGCUGGAGCUGCAGGCGCAGUGGCUGGCGGCGCACCUUGCCGGUCGGCUGGCACUGCCGCCGGCCGCCGCCAUGCGCGCCGACGUGGCGGCUCAGCGUGCGUGGCGGUCCGGCGCGCUGGCGCACCCGCUCAUGUCGGUGGGCGGCUCGCUGGCGCGGAGGCACGAGCAGUGCUACCUGGAGCAGCUGAGGCAGGACCUGCGGAGUGUCAGCCUCGCUGCAGCAUCGGCGCCUUCUGCUGCAGGCUCUCUUACCGCUGGACACCAGUCAUCGGUGUCAGGGGCAGCCACCUGCAGGCUCGCCGUGCCAGCGGAGCGGCAAGCUGUGGCCAUGGCGGCGGCUGGAGUGGCGGUCAGCGGCAUCAUGGCCGCUGAGACCGCACUCGUGCAGCCGCUGCCGGCUCCGGAGGUGCCGCCCCAGGAGGAGGAGGAUGGUGAGGAGUUUGAUGAAGAGCUGGAGAACACGUUCGGUGUGGCGUCGCCACCAUCCGUCAUCCUACACGCCGCCGUCGGCCGCGGUGGCCGGCGCGUCGUGAGCACUGUUGCCGGCCAGUCCUGCCGCGGCGGGCGCCACUCGCGCCAGCGGCGCAGCGACAGCAGCGUCGAUGCCGGCAUGUGGAGCGCACGCAGCGCGGUGCUGGGCGGCAACGGGGAGCGCAGCUCCGCCGCCAGCGCUAGCGCGAGCGCCUGCGGCAGUCAGGUGCUCAGCGGCAGCGGGGAGCGCACCUCUGUGGGCAGCACCACUAGCAGCGCCAGCAAUUUCUACGCGCGCAUCAGUAGCCGCAUAUCCUGGCUUAGCUUCAUCACAGGCGGCGCAGGCGGGCUUGGUGGCGGUGCGGCCAGCAGCCCACCUCUGUCGCCCAUCAAAGCGCCCACGUCACCUGGGGCUGGCGGCAAGGCUGUGCCCAUGUCUCGUACCGCUACCAUGGCCACCCCAAAGCCGGUGGUGGUGGGCAACCCGCCCAGUCUCACCUCGCCAACCUCGCCCACAACGCCGCAUGCUGCGCGCGGCGAGAGUUAUGACCGCGCCGGCAGCAGCAUCAAUGACAGCACCAGCACGGUCGCCGCAAGCGGUGACGCGCCACGUGGCAGCUGCUUGGUGCGGCCAGCGGCGCGGACGCGGCGCGGCGCCUCGGCUGCUGCUGCCGUGCCAGCAGCUGCGCUGGUGCCGCCGGCUGCUGGCGCGCGGGCGCGUACUGCCAUGAAUAGCUCUGCGGUGGCCGCUGCUGCACACGCCGCAGCGGCGCGCGCGCGCGCGGUCACGCAGCAGGUUGCGGCGGCCAUGAACACAUCAGCUGCGGCUCGAGGCCGGGAGCUGGGUGUCGGCGCUGGUGUUGGCGUUGGCACCGUUGGCGAUGCAGUGGAUGGCCGCUACUCUGCCCCAACACCGCGCCCGCAACGGCUCCUAGCCCAAGCGGAGGGCGAGGAUGACGACGAGGCGGAGCAUGGCCCGACACGCCACACAUACAGCGGGCCUUUCCACACACCCGCCAACACCGGGCGCUCUGACAAGGCCACCGCCAGCGAGCGUUACCAGCCGCAGCAGCCGUGUGAGCAAGAUAAUCGCGCAGCUGAUGGCAGCGGCCCGGCAGGGCAUCUGCCGGUACAGUUGCCGGAGGCGGCGGUGACAGCCCUGCCGACGCCGCCACCACUCCGGCUGCCCUUAGCGCUGCACUGCCAGACCUCGGCAAUGCCGCCAGCAACCACGUCAACAGUGGCCGCCACUCUGACCGGUACCCGCACCCAAGGCCACUCAAACGGGGGCCACAGCCAGCAGCCCGGGCCCAGUGGUGACCCACCGGUGGCUGCGGCGGCAGCCAGCCUCGGGAUGCCUACUCCGCGUGCCGUGCAUGUCAAUAUCGUGCGCGCGCGGGACAUGCGCGAAGCUGGCAUUGACAUUGAUAUGGAGGAGUCCGGCGUGAGUGCCUCCACCUGUGCCUUCGCCUCACCCACAGCUGGAGCCACCUGCACGCAGUCCCAGUCGCCCAGCAUGGUGCUGACCUACGCCACCUCCACUGGCGUGCCUUCACCGAGGUCAUUCCGCGCGCUGCAGCGGAACGAAAGCAACGGCAGCGGUGGCUACCCAGCGGCCAUUGGUGCCGCUGGCUGGCAUGGCGCCGCUGGCGCCAAGGGUCCGGGCGCGAUGCAUGCAGCGUCUCUAGCUGCUGCUGCCGCUGCUGGGCCUGACACGGAUGGCAGCCUCACCGGCAGCGGAGCGGGCGCAGCCCCGUCCGGAUUGCCGGGCGGGAGCAGGCAGCGCCUGUUGGCACCUGUGACGGUUGCCCCGGGCCAGGAGCUGCAACAGCGGCAGCUGCUGCAGCUGCAGCAGGCGCACGCGCAGCCCUCACCGGCUGCUUUUAAAUCACUGCCAUCCGGUACGGAGGGGAAGGCAGUGCCGCGCGUGGUACCGCCACCACCGCUGCUCCUGCAACUGGACGAAGCCAUCGACACCUCCUGCCGCAACGAGCCAGUAGCAGUGCGCAGUGCUGGCAUGCCCGCCGCCAUUUCUCCGACCAGCAAGGUGCAGCCAGCUACUGUCGCUGUCGUGGCGAAGCCAGCAGCAUCCGUGAAAACGGCGAAGACACCCAAGGGAUCGUCCCUGGCCCAGGCGUUAUGUACCUGCCUGCCUUUUGGGCAACUCAAGAAGUCGGCUACCCUUCAUGAGGUGGCAGACGCAGCGGCGGCUGGCGACCCGGCUGCCGAGGCGUGCGUAACCAGCGCCGUCGCCCAGACUGCGGCGCUGGGCUCGGAGCGCGGUGGCACGGGCUGUGCGGCGCUCGCGUCGAGCUGCGGCCUUGCGAGCAGGCGGCCUAUCCUCAUUGGCGGGAGGCCGGGCGUUGCUGACGGCCCUGUCAGCCCCGGUGCUACGCUUGCUGCUGGAGGUCCCGGCAUUUCAUCGGCCGCGAUAUGCCCAUCCGUCGUCGCGUCUCACAGCAGCGUCACCACGCCUGCAGACCCGCCGCAGGAGGGCACGCCCGUUGCCGAGCUCAUAGAUGAGGCGGAGCGCGUUGCGCGCCGCAUGAGCCGACUCGUGCGGCAGCGGCGCGCCGUCAGCAGCACCGGCGAAGAUCCGUUUGACGCUGACCCGGGCAGCAACGCCAAUAGCAGCUACACUUCGUUGGCCCGCCCCGUGACUCGCUUCAGCUACAAUGGAGCUGGUGCCAUACAUGGCGCUGGACCGGUGCACGGCGCUAUUAUGAACCUGCGGCGCGGUUUCAGCAGCGGCCUGUGGGGUGUGGGCGCCAACCGCCGCAGCAGCGGUGGCGGUGCUGGCGGCGCGGGCGCUGCUUUUACACAAAGCACGCACCGCAUCAGUGGAGGUGGGCGUAGCAGCAGGGCGAGCAGCGGUGCCUUCCGCGUCAGCAACUGCGGUGGUGGCAGCCCGUGCGUGAGCGGGCCUGGCGGGGCCGGUGGUGGAGGGGGCCCGUAUGGCAGCAAUGCAGCGGCCGACGCAGCUAGCGAGAAAGAAUGCGGCACAGACCUGAGCAUCUGGGGCGACGGCGCAGCUCUGGACUUGAUGUCUUCUCAGAUUGAGGCCCUGCGCACGCACCUACGAGACCCCCGCGUUGUUCCAUUUCCAUCUGUGGGGACCGCGUCACCGCCAAUCGCGUCGCCGCCGCCGCCGGCCCCGCGCUCCUCCCGGCCCUCGCCGUCCCCCUCCCCGCGUCUGGCGCACGGCUGGCCGCGAUCACCCUCCUCAGCCACUGCAUCGGCAGCUGCCCUUGGGAUGGCAGGCCAGCCCGGCCUUCCAGCAUCCAUGCCGUCACCGACCGCACCGCAGCAGCAGCAGCAGCUUCAAUCCGCGCACUCCUUGCCGAAUUGGCCCUCUGAGGGCCGGCCGCACAGGCCCCAGCAGCGGCUGCAGCCGUACCCAUCAUCCGGUGCACCAGCCGGCGCAGGAGCAGAGCCCCUCGGACGACUGCGACCCGUCCUGCGCUCCCAUCCCGGCCACCCCGAGCGGCAGGCCGCCGGCGGCACCUCGACACAGAUGUCAGCCUCUGCUGCGCAGGUCCCGCUGCCUCAGGUCCAGGCGCCGCCGUGCCGCCAGGCGACGCUACCGACGGAGGCGCUGACACACGUGCUGCACGCUCCAACAGCCGGCCACGCAGCCGCUGCGCCGGUUUCGAGAUCCCUGCCGGCCACGCCGCAGGCCCGAGCGCAGCCCACCGACCACCCGCAGUUCUCCUCCGCCUUCCAGCGUGCGUUUCUGCCGGUGGCCUCUCCGAGCGCCCUUGAGGCCCUGCCCUCCAUUGGCUCGCGUGUGGCGCCGUCGGCGGCCGCUGCAGCUGCCGCCGCGCUUUCCGCAGCCGCUGCGGCGGCAACCAGGGCCGAUGCCGAGGCGGACUGGACGCCCUUCUCGUCAUUCCGUAACACAGCUGCGCCACGGCAGCCCGAGCUUGACAGCACCUGCCUGGCCACCGCUGCGUUUCUCGGCCCUGACGGCUUUGAGCCAGGACUGGCGGCGGCGGCGGCGGCAGAUAUCUGUGGCACGGCUGCAGACGCGACAGCAGCAGGCGCUGCGGGCGCCAGCGACGCCGACUCGCGAGCCGUGCAGAAACGUCGCUCUGUGCCCGACCUCCGCGCACUGCAGCGCCUGUCCACCAUCCCGGAGCACCGCCGCAACCAGCUGCCCAGCGCCAACACGCUCACCGAGUCUGAGACGGAGACCGGCAGCGGCAUUGCCGGGACCGGCGCAGGCGGAAGCGGUCUGUCACGAUCGUUCUCUGGUGGAAUCUCCUUUACGUCUGGGAUUGGCACAAGUGCUGUGAGCAGCAGCACACGCGCUCAAAACUUCGGCUGCUACCUUGGGCUUAAUGCUGAGUCACAGACUGGCAUCGUAUUAGCUGCAGCUCCGGCUGUUGCCAGCAGCCAUUUCGGCUCUGAAUCGGCGGGCGAGGCUCAUGCUAUCUGCGUCGCGCCUACGGCAGCGGCGGCGCCUCUGGCUUCAGGUCAGAAGCUAGGUGCAAGUAGCGCCUCGGGCAAACCUGCACACAGCCCUGAAUCGUAUGUGGCCCUGCGCCUGUCGGCCCUGAAAGCCCAGCGUACGGCCGGUGCUGCGGCCGUUGGCGGUAUUUGUGCGGGCGAUAUGACUGGGUGCCUAACGGCCGACGUUGCGGCCUGCGCGCGCAGCGGCACUGCUCAGGGCAGCGGCGCCCGAUUGCAAGGUGGCAUCGACAGCAAUGCCGGAGAACGUAUCAGUGCUGUACAGUCCUCUCAGCAUGACGCGCCCGCAUGCCUUUCAUCACCCAAGGCCACAACUGCGCCAACCAAGGACGCCGCUGCGGCGCCGCCUCAGCUGGUCAUUCCGGUCGAGCCGGGUGCUCUGGCCAUAGCAGGCUGGCCGGCUGCAGUGUCACCACACCUACCGCAGCCGCCGCUGGCAGCGCUGUUUCAGCCCAGCAGCGCUUCAAAACUGCAAGGUGCGACUCCUUUUGCAGCGGCGGCAGCUGCAGCUGCUGCCCGCGCCAGGCCGGAAGAUGAGCUUCCGGCAGGGCGGCGCCACCCGACCGGCUCGCCUGGAGUCAGCUACAGCACACCCCCUGGCCCAGGCGCCGCCGCCUCGAUGCUACUCCUGCUGCCGGAGCUGCCUGCCGGCGAUGGCUGCUACUCCAGCUACCCGCAUAGCGUGCCGGACACGCCCACGCUUGUGACGCCCUUCAGCACGGCCGCGGCGCCCUGUGUCCAACCAGCCCGGCAGUCGGCGCAGACGACGCCGCUGCAGCCGUCCCAGGCGCCACUGCCAACGCGGACUUCGCGGACGUCAUCGGUGGCAGCCGCGCCGACAGGACUCCUGGGCACUAACGUCUCGUUAGCAGCGGGCGGCAGCGGCGCCGCCAUGGCCGCCGCUACAACCACCGCCUUCAUGCUGCGGCCGCGUCUGACCCGCCAAAGUACGGACGGUGCAUCAAUGGCUAGCCUGUUUCAAUCGGAGCCGAGGCCCAGCGGCAUUGCUGCCAGUGCCGUUAUGAACGGCGCGCCAAGUGGUGGCGGCGGUGGCGCAUUCUCGCGGAGCGGAGGCGGCGCCGCCACCGGGUGGCUUGACAGCCGGACGUCGGCGCCCGCCCGCACCAGCCGAAAGUUCCUCCUUGGCAUACUGGGCGGCGGCGGUGGCGGCAGCAGCGGAGCUGGCAGUGGUGCAGGUGGCGGAGGCGUUGGCAGCGGGCUGCUCAGCACAGCCGCCGAAAACGCUGUUCUGCCGUACCGCAAGCGUCUUAGCUCAGGCUGGCUGGGCCCCUCACUUUCAGCAACACUGCCGCCAAGCUCGCCUCCACUGUCUCCGACCGGGCCCAGCGCCGGGACUGCAUCCCUAUUUGGUGGCACCGCCGGGAGCAGGCGCAGCCUUGUUGCACAGCAGCCGCGAUCUUCCGCCGCUGCGGCUCCUGCUCGCGCUCUUGCCGCGCCCGCCAGCGGCCCGCCAGCCCCAGCCGCCAGGGGCCUGCGUGCCACCGUGUCGGGUGCUGGCUUCAGCAGGCGCAGCUGCCUGAUGGAGUUUGAUGACGACACAGAGGAGGCCGAGCAGCAGCAAGGUGCAGACUUCCCUGAGUCAAUAGCCGCUGCAGCCGCCGUGGUCGUGCCUUCACUCGACGGCCGACGUUCCGCCCCUCCCCUUGCGCAGCCCUCUACUGGGCCGCCACGGUCCCAUCCGGACGCAGCUACUGCAAUAAUCGAAUACCAGACCAGAAAGCAAAUGUGGCCAGCAGGCAGCAGCCUUGAAGCUGAUGGGCCAAACCCGACGGCGGCUCAGCGCGCUCAUCCAUUCCAGCAUGCUGCGGCGUCAUCCCUGUUUGGGGAAGAGGACUCGUGGCCUACCGAGAGCACCGGCGGCGGCGUGUUCAUGCUGUCUGGGGUGUCUCCAGACACACGCCUGCAACCGUCACUGCUGGCCCAGGCGCAAACGCUGGCGGCGACGUCGGCACCGCCAGUGUCGCCCCUGCCGCCCGCAGAGCAGCCGCUGUCGCUGUCGCCCUUACAAGAUGCCGCCGCUCACGCCCUGCAGAGCACGCCAGGCAAGGUGCUGCACGGAACCUACCCCGCGCCCGUGCAGUUACCUCCGCAGCAGCCACAGCAGCAGCGGCAGCCGUCGCAGCAGCCGGACAGGGCAAGCCACGAUUUUGGCUUCAGGUGCUACGGCAACAGCUUGCCCCUUCAGCCCCCAGAUGGUAUUGCCUCCAGCGGCUGCCAGGCACCGCCGUUCAUCCCAGGCGACAAGGCGGACACCAACCUCCACUCCCUGCUGGCGCCGCCACCAGCGGACCUGUCACCGCUGCCUCAACCCGCGCUGCCGCUGCGCCGCGCCACCCUCGGCGGCAUCAAUGCCACAAGCGCGUCCGCUUCUGGGCAUGGCCCCAGCGCCUGGAGCAACUACAGCAGCUGUGGUGGCGGGCGCCCGGACUGCCUGCUGCCUGGGGCAGGAGGCCUGCGGGGGCCAUUCGGACACGGGCCCUACCGCUCGGCAGGUAGUUGUGGAGGCGUUGGCGGGGCUGGUCCAAGAGGCCUGAGUGCCGGUGCUGGUGCGGGUGGAGAGGAGAAGCGGGGCAGCCCGGCGUGGCUUGUCCGGCACGCGAGCGAGAAACGGCAGGAGCAGCUCGUGACGCAGAUUUCCUCCUGGCUGCGAGAGGCGCUCAAGCAGAAGAACAACGUUGAGAAGCAUCACUCGGAUGAGUCGGCCUGACGGCCGCGGUUUAAUGCAAUGCAAACAGUCUUAAAAGCAUGCCCGGGGGCUGCGGGAGCUUCAGUGUAGGGCGUUGGGGCUGGGAGAAGGACCACAUGCGCAUGUGAUGUACGGCCGGAUGCAUGGGAAACCGCUUGCAUACGGUAUACACACGGGAUGCUGCGCGGACUGUAUUCACUGGCGACUGGGGCACUGCAGCUCGCGUUUCUAUGAUGCCAGUUCACCCAGGGGUGCCGUACGCUAUCAUACGGUGCCCAAGGCUUGGAAGUUCGCAUGAGAGGUGAAGGCUGGAAUAUGGCCUACUUGUCUGAACUGACCAGAUUUUGACGAGGCCUGCUGAGAUAUGAUAACUCAAGCAGGAGAUGCUGUGUGCAUGCAAUCGGGCGUACACUGAUCAAUGCUACUGAGGGGCUGCGGGGGUCGAUUACGGCCUGUCUAGGCCUCUAAGGGGCGGGGAUGUGGGUUCGACCUCGUUACAGGAUCUCCUACAUAUGUCCGCCGAGGAGGUGGAGGACUGCAAGACGCCAGGUUUGCAAAUUGCAACACUAAAUGUUUCCGGGCGUGGCAAAACGAUGGAAACGGCGGUCUUGGCCAUGCCUACUGUAUGCGCCACCCUUGAUAAGCGUUUGUACACUUGGUGCGAGCUGGUUGCAGUACGGUAGAGUAAAUGGAAAGCGUCAAGGGCGACCUCUGUUGAGGAGGGGUGAGCAGGCAAGGCGCAAUCAAAGCUAGUGGAAACAGUGAACUGCUGCAGGUGAUACCACGGAACAGAUCGGCGAGGCGAGCAAGCAAGGAUUGGGUCGGUGCCAUGGACUCACGCGACCCGCAUACAUAGUUGCGACUGUAUCAUGAAGGGCAUAGCUAACACCCGCGUGUUUGUGAAGGGCUUCGCGCUCCCCGAGGGCUUCCCGACGAACGUGCAGCCGGACGCCCACAACUGCGUCCACAACAGGGAUACGCACCAUCUG